AUGUCGGCAAAGCGAUCUUCUACACCUCCCACGCAGCGUGAGAAUGGUGGCUCAGGGCAGCUCCCCCGAGGCCCACUCACGCCAGAGCAGCAACGAAGAAUGGAAGUAAGCCGCAUGAAAGCCAAGGCACUUCGAGAGCAGCGUGAAGCAGAACUAGCCCAGAGCUCGACCACCUCCCCAUCGGCCACACCCCGCCCCACGCAAACCGCCCAGGGAACCAAACGCACCUUUGCCUCGAUGACAGCUUCCAACCCCCCGGUGAGCGUGCGCGAUGCCCGCACGCAUGCGGGUUCCUCAGAUCGCCCGCUUGAUUCGAUAAAGCCCGCCCGGAAUUUCACGCGCUACGUUGAUUAUGACUUCAGCAAGAUGACCGACACAAAAGGCGGGUUCCUGACCCAGGAAGAUGAUCCAUUUAAUAAGGCGCUCCAUGUGUCGGAUGGCAAGGAGGAACAGAAACCAGCACAUAUGACUCAAAAAGAGUGGGAGCGCCACCAGUUGCUCCAGUCUCUCCGGCGAAACCGCGAGGGGCCCUUUGAGCCUGGGCUGAGUGUGUUGGAUGAUAAAAGCCAACAAAAGAUAUGUCGUGAAUGUGGGAGUCUUGAAAUUGAUUGGAAGUGGGAGGAGAUGCUCCAGUGCUGCGUCUGCCAUUCAUGUAAAGAAAAAUACCCGGAGAAGUACAGCCUCUUGACCAAAACCGAGGCUAAAGAGGACUAUCUUCUGACCGAUCCUGAACUUCGAGAUGAAGAACUUCUCCCGCGCCUUGAACGCCCCAAUCCACACAAGUCCACAUGGAAUAACAUGAUGCUAUAUCUUCGCUACCAAGUCGAGGAAUACGCAUUUUCCACUAAAAAAUGGGGAUCCACAGAGGCCCUAGAUGCUGAGUUUGAGCGACGAGAGAGUGACAAGAAGCGGCGGCGGGAGACCAAGUUCAAAAACAAACUACAAGACUUGAAGAAACGUACGCGUGUCGAAGCCUACCGGCGCAACCGACAAGGAGCUUCCGGUGGAGAGUUUGGCGAUGACCUGAGCAAUGGUCGAAAGCAUGUCCAUCAAUGGGGGCGCGCCAUUGAGAAUCCUGAGACAGGGAUUGGGGUCAAAACAUGCGUGGAUUGUGGAAUGGAGAUCGAGGAACUAGAGUUCUAG